AUGCCACCGCAAUCGAAGCAUGGUCAGCACGUACACCGCGACAAUUACGGUACCUUGAGCGAGGACAUUGAUGCCUCUCCAGACAAUAGAGUAUCGGCGCGUGCAAUUGACAUUGGCAGAAAUGAGGAGGUCGCUUCAAGCACCCCGGUACGCGGUAAUGCGCAAAACAACCGAGAGACCCUAGAUGAACGUCUGGAGGAGUGGGCGGGCUGUAUCACGACGAAGGAAGCAAUGCCACGUCCGCAAGUUACGCCAGAAGAGCGCAAGAGGGGCCACAGAAGAAUCCUACUGCAAAAAUACAUAUUUCAGAUCUCUAUCAUCACAGCCAAUGGAUUGGGAAUUUUCGCUACCUGGUGGUUCCCACAGUAUUGGUACCUUCUCAUGCCUUUCAUAUCUGCUGGUGUUAUGAUGAAUAUCGUCAUGAUCAUCGCUCUGCUGGUUAACCUACUGCAUUGUCGGUAUUACCCAGAGAAGCCGCUGGUACCAAUGACUCCCGAAAGCCUAGUCCUCUUGAUUCCAUGCUAUAACGAAACGAAGGACGAGAUGGAACGGUCACUGAAUUCACUCGUUAUGCAAAAAGGCAUUUCAGAUCAUCGGCGUUGUAUUAUGAUUGUCUGUGAUGGCAAAGCUCGUGGUCCUGGCAUGGAGAAGACAACCGCAGAAUACCUUUUCGAGGAUAUUCUCACCCAGAGAGAAUACCGGGCUAGGAUUUCUAAGGCUUAUCUGGCAUGGGAUCAACAAUUCAUGGACGUUGAGGUUCAGAGGGGGGCCUACCACGGCGUGCCGUACUUUUGCAUUAUCAAACAGCAAAAUCAAGGAAAGCGCGAUAGUUUAAUCGCAGUACGGUCCUUUUUGUACAACUACAAUAUCCGCCAUACAUAUCCGGAGACUAUAUUCACGUCGACUUUAUUUGGCCACAUGGCUUCGUUCAUCAAGGGGUCAGGGAUUGAUUAUAUUGACAACUUAAUUGGGAUGGAUGCCGAUACAGAAUUUGAUGUCCACUGUAUUAGCGAACUACUUCGACGUUCUCGGUAUGAGGACACCGUAGGGGUAUGUGGCUAUGUUGCCGUGGCCUGGAAAGACAACUUUUGGGAUCCUUGGAGGUUAUACCAGUCAGCAGAAUACACGAUUGCCCAAUGUCUACGACGCCUUCACCAGUCUGUGGUUACGCAUAAAGUAUCUUGUCUUCCCGGGUGUUGCCAGCUGUUGAAGAUCUGUGAAGAGUCUUGUGGGCGCGAAGUGCUGUUCAAGAGAUUUGGAUACUGCCCUGUCCCUACAGAUGGAGCUUUGCGACAUGUUCGAGCCACUGCCAGUGAAGACCGUAAUCACGUCUGCCAUAUGCUCUCGGCUCGUCCGCGGACUCAGACUCGUCAGGCGCUCCAUGCGAUAGCAUAUACAGACGUCCCACAGACGUGGUCAGUCUUCCUGUCUCAACGGAGGCGAUGGACACUGGGUGCUACCUCGAAUGAUCUGUUUUUAUCCUGUGCUCCUGGUGUGCAAUGGUUCGAAAGGAUCCUUGCUUGCACUAAUGUGAUGACAUGGUUUCUUAAUGUGUUCAUCUUCGCCAGCAUGGCUAGAUUUAUCAUGGCAAUGUUUUAUGUUAAGGCAUGGAUAAUCUUCUGCUUCAUUGCCAUUGCUUUGAUCCCCAUUGUUUACUAUGUGAUCAUCCCCACCUGGCACAGUAAGCAAUGGCACGAUACCUUCCGCUUUUGGAUCGGUUGCCUCCUAUAUGUUUUCUGUGGUCCAUUCGUCAACGUAGCAAUCCUGUUCUACUCUUGCUAUUAUUUAGACUCGUUUGGGUGGGGAAAAACUCGGCAGGUGGUUUCCGAUGACAAGAGGGAUGGGAACGGACAACCUACUGAACAAACACCAUUACUUCCACGUGUAUAA